UGCUCAAGUCAAGCUCGAUCAGCUGACUGCAUCCCUUCCCUUUUGAUGGAUAGAUUUCCCUUCCUCAAUUGAAGGAUUUCGGGGUUAUUCAGACCGUUCGACGUCAAUUGCAAAGACAAAACUGAAGGUAGCAUAGUGAGAUAGUCCGGAAAAUAUCGCGGUUUGGGUGAUCAUGAACGGACACGCCAUUCUUUACACCGGGGUCACUUUGGCCUUCUGGAGUACCAUUCUCAUCGUCGGUAUUUGCUACACGAUCUUCGACCUUGGAUUCCGCUUCGAUGUGGCAUGGUUUUUGACAGAAACCUCGCCUUUCAUGUGGGCGAACCUUGGGAUUGGCUUGGCCAUCUCGCUCUCUGUUGUUGGAGCUGCUUGGGGCAUUUACAUCACAGGUUCCAGCAUCAUAGGAGGUGGUGUAAAAGCACCACGGAUUAAAACAAAGAAUCUGGUCAGCAUUAUCUUCUGUGAGGCUGUAGCCAUCUAUGGGAUCAUCAUGGCAAUCGUUAUAAGUAACAUGGCUGAGAGCUUUAGUGGCACUACACCAGAGACCAUUGGGGCAAGGAACUACCAAGCAGGAUACUCCAUGUUUGGCGCUGGUCUUACUGUGGGAUUCUCCAACCUCUUCUGUGGCAUCUGUGUUGGCAUCGUUGGUAGUGGGGCCGCCCUGGCAGAUGCUCAGAACGGCAGCCUCUUUGUUAAAAUCCUUAUUGUGGAAAUCUUCGGCAGUGCAAUUGGGCUAUUUGGAGUGAUUGUGGCCAUCUUGCAGACGUCGAAAGUAAAAAUGGGUGACUAGAAGAUUCAAGUUGACAAGAUCAAUGGAAGACAAGGCUGGACAAGCAGAUGGAUUGUGUAAAUACAUAGCAAAUUAUUUAAAUGUAUUUUUUGUCUGAUUGUUUUUAACCAUAAUUUGCUGAAGAGUGACAUAUUUGCACCAUUUUGUCUUAAAGGAAUGCAGCCAAAUGGUUAGAUUAAACUGUAGGUGUUUAAGACAAAACCCUGUCCCUUUUGAAUACAAUUGGUCUUCAUAGUAUAGUGGUGUGUGUGUAUAUAUAUAUAUUUAAUUAAUUAAUCUUGUAUCAAAUCUAUCACAAUUGAAAGGGCCACUAGACAUUUAGGGAAUGUACUUCGUAGUAGGGACAUUUUAUCAAAAUAUAUUUGAUUUCAUUAAAUCUGUACAGUAUAGGAUUUGUUACCCGUGAUCAAAUCAUGGAAUGCCACUAUUUAACAUCUAAGGUACCCAAGUUUGGUUUGGCACGCAUAUGGUUUCUCUGGUGGUGGACAUGCUUGCUGUUCCGUAAAGAGCUGUUCUGUUCAUUACAUGGAAGUGAAACAUUUCAGCAAUGUCGUAAUUUGUAUUGAAUGCCUGUAAAAAUGUGUUUGAACUGUUUGUAUGCAAAAGUCGUAAUGUAUAACAAAGCAAAUUAUUAUAUUUAUGACUGAUGUAAUCCAUGUUUUUCCACUUGUUACAGUAUAUUUUCCCAUGACUGGUGUAAGUAACCUUUUCUGUAGUAACACAGAAUGAAUCAACAUGUGUGGGUACAAGGGUGCGCUAAGGAGAUAUUACACUGAAAUAGUAAUUGUUGUUGGUCGUUUGACAUUGGUCAGCUGUCAUUAUUCAGUCUUUUGUUUUGAUGUAUGCAUAACAUUUUGGUAGGCACUCUUCAGUCCUGAUUGGUUAAACAUUUGAAUUGUAAAUUGUUGUGUGUACAGUAUAUAUAAAGGGCACAUGUCUGUUUCUUUGAAGCAUGGGGGUGUUUACCAUUCUGAUGCAAGUGGUCUUUAUCCACGGUGAGUGAACUGUUGCUGAUGAAUAUAAGUAUUAUCUGAUUUCGAGUGACCAUAGAUAAUGUCUGUUUUCUCCUUCUCAGGUCUGUAAUCCCCUGUAAACUAUCCAUCUGUGGAGAGUGAAAUGUAGAUGUUUUCCUCAAGACCAUUUUUCCCGUGUCAGUGUUUCCCCUUUAUUCAUUUAGCAGCGGCGCACCGUAGAGAUUUUGUAAUGUAGAUAUAUAUACCCCAAGACGACACCCUGCUCCCACUACCUCUUCCACCGCUGCUGAAGACCCCCACCCACUACUUCUGCCACCACUGCUGAAAAAUCUUAGGGGAAACUGCGUGUGCAUUUUCUGCUUUCCUUCUGUUUUUUUGGGAAUUUUGAGCUUGAAUGAUCUGAGCUCCUUGUCUUUCGACUGCUGUGAAUGGGCUGAUAUGCAUACUCUUUUGGAGAGAUGGUACUCGAGCAGAACAUCGAUAAGAACUUUCCCAGACCAGUUGGCCUUUUACUUAGUUGUGAUUUUGUUUGUCUUUAGUUUUUUUUGUUGUCCAAUGAGUUACGGUGUUACUGAUAAGACAAUUAGCUUGAGCCCUUAAAUUAAAAAUAACCCUAUAGUCUGUCAUAAGCUGACUUCCAAUUUAAUGUUCAUAACGUCCAACUUGCUGUGACCAUGGGUUUGUCCCAAGUGAGCCCUUUGGGCCCUGGUCUAAAGUAGUGCAGUAUAAGAAAUAGGGAUCCAUUUGGGAUGCAUUUAUGACUGUAUACUUAUGGGGGUCUCCAACUGAGUGUUCCAUUCUGUCCUCACCAACCGUACAUGUAUGUAUCGAUUUAUUAUAUUAAAAAUGUUUGUAAAAGUUAAUGGUAUUUAUCCAUGGAGAUGAAAGAUUGUUUGGCUGGUCCCUAUGGCAAAAGGCCCAAAAAGAUCAUUUGAAAUAGUAUUUGGUGUGGGUUUCAUACAUUGAUUCAGCUUUGUUCAUUACUUUUGAGCAUUUCUAAAUGGACCUUUGGUGUAAUACUCGGUUGGCCAUCCUGGUCUUGGAGAGCCUCAGUGCGGAAUGGUUUAACUUGAAUGGAUAACAUUUGGAUUGUAAGUCCAACUGUUGUUGGUUUAAAAGUAUGCUGCUUGAGAUGGCCAUGAAUGCACAUGGCUUACAUUGAGGCCCUCUAUGUCCUUGGUUGGCCACCUACUGUAGUGGUGUCAUUCCUAAUGUAAAGGAAGUUUUCUAGAGCAUACUUCAGUGAGUGUUUAAUAUGUUGAUGUGGUGAAUCCAUUGUUUUGACAUGUAAAAGUGGGUCCUCUUUACUUCAUAAUUGUCCUUGAAAGAAUAAAUAUUCCAACCUGAUCGUUCAAUCAA